AAUGCCUAGAAUUGCUAAUCUUAAAAUACAAAAAUUUAAUUUAAUUUUACAAAGCUACAAGUGAAAAUUAGGAGGGAAACUUACCUCCUAAAUUUGAUAAAAAAAAAAAAAUUGUGGGAAAAUUAUCUCCAACAAAAUUUGUGGGAAAAUUACCUCCAAAAAUUUAUCAACUAGUGAAAAAUUCCCUCCAACAAUAAAUAAAUAAAUAUCGUAAAAAAAUAAAUAAAUAAAAUCCUACUCCCUCCUGUUCUUCGGUUGUCUACCAUAUUCUCCAUUUUCCAUUCUCUAUUGUCUACCGAUUACAAGCGUUUUCUCCAUCAGCUUUCCACGGUCUCCAUUUGGGUGGCUUCCUCUCUUGAUUUCCUCCAUUGAAACAACUUUUAAGGAGUGCUAUAUUGUUGGGUCUUUUACGAAAACAAGUUGGUUUCUGCUACAAUUGCUACUCAGAUGAGCAAGAACCGGAAGUUCGGUGCUGAUGGUGUCAUUUACGCUGAACUAAAUAAAGUAUUCAAGAGAGAACUCACUGAAGAUAGCUACUCUGGUGGCGAAGUUAGGGUCACUCCUAUGUGCACGUUGAUCAUCAUUAGGGCUACUUGUAUCCAGAAUCUUCUUCGUGGGAAGGGAAGAAGGAUUAAGGAAUCCUGUUUUUUGAAGAUGGAUGAGUGUGAUGUAGCAAACUUUAUAGCCAUUUGCUGGGCUAUUUAUGGUGCUAGGAACUCUCAGAUCAUGGAGGAGGAGUGUAGGGACUAUAGGGAAGUGCUGAGCUAUGCUAUAAAGACUGGAAAUUCCAAGCCUGUUUUCUGCUGUGCUGCUGCUGUUGGUUCAGGGAAGGCUGCUUUCGAUUGGACAACAUAUGCAGGACUCUUAAAGGUUAAUGUUGAUGAUGCCUUGGUAGGUGACAUUGGGUGUGGUUUGGGGUAGUGAUCACGGAUGGUUUUGGUGGUAUUAUGGCUAUGUAUUACUCCUAGUUUUGCGGUUCAAAACAAGAGCAAAAGGCUUGAAUAAAACCGUAGCAAGUGUACUAGUGUAUUUUGCAUUGGUUUAGCUCUACUUGUUCAGAAUUAUUGUAACAUAUGACUUUUCAUGUCAAAUAUAUUCAUCAAUUUGACAA